UGGAAUGGACCGCAGAAGGGUUUUUCCUCAGCAGCAUUUGCUUCAUUCAUCCCUAGGCUAUCCGUUGUGAAGCUACCAACGAUGAUAUGAUUAUAUGAUUUGAUUUUCAUUGUUUCUGACGGAGAUACUGAAGCCUCAUCUUGAUUUUCUUCACCAGAAAAAUAGAAUGACUCUCUCUGGGUUGACUGGCAGCCCAUCACAGUAUUGCUUCCAACCAAACACGAGAAGCAGGGGAUCAUCAUUUUUGAGGAAAGCUUCUAGCUUUACCAACAUCAAGAUCUCUAAAGAACAUCUUAGAACGAAAUGGAAUAUGAAAAGAUCCUCUGUUCUAAUAUGUGCAAUGGAUGCUUCCUUUGGAGGUUCUGCAAAUGAAUCAACUGAUAUAUUUCCUAGAAUCGGUGUAAGGGACCCGUAUAAACGACUUGGAAUAAACAAGGAAGCUUCAGAAGAUGAAAUCCAGUCUGCUAGAAACUUCCUGAUACAAAGAUACUGUGGACACAAGCCUAGUGUGGAUGCGAUUGAAUCUGCCCAUGACAAAAUAAUAAUGCAAAAAUUUUACGAUAGGAAGAACCCAAAAAUCGAUAUCAAGAAAAAGGUUAGGGCUGUUACUCAGUCCCGUAUCGUCCAGGCUGUCACGAGCAGAUUCGAGACACCUUCGAAUAAUGGCAUUAUAAAGACUUCCAUAGCUUUUGUUGUGCUUGGAUUGUUGACUGUACUCUUCCCAACUGAAGAAGGUCCGACUCUUCAGGUAGCUGUUUCUGUGAUUGCUACAAUUUACUUCAUACAUGAUCGGCUGAAGAGUAAAUUGCGUGCUUUCUUAUACGGGGGUGGAGCGUUUGCUUUCUCGUGGCUAUUGGGUACGUUCUUGAUGGUUUCGGUCAUACCACCGAUGCUCAAAGGUCCGAGAAGCUUGGAAGUUAGUACCUCUUUGGUUAGCUAUGUGCUUUUGUGGGUAGCUUCUACUUACUUAAAGUAACAAUCUUUUUUCGCUUAGAAUACAUUCCCAGUUUUGUGUUUUAGUAAUUCACAACAUUUAGUUUCGAGUUUCUGAUCCCAGCCCAGAAAACAAAACCCAUAAACUUUAUAUUUUCAUUUCUGUAUGUA